UUUACUCCGUUCCAGAUGUCACCCCGAGUUCUCACUUCCUCUCUGUUCAAUCAUAAAACCAUCUUUGUCUCAUUCUGUCCGCUCGCUCAGUGUCCUUUUUAUUUCUUUUUAAACUGCUUUAUCUGGAGUAAGAAAAUACAGCCGUAAUAAAUCUGCUGUGCUACUGAAGCAUGGCGUCAUCCUCUACCCUACUCUUCCUCCUCACCUUCCUCUCUCUGGGCCGGGGUCAGAGGUCAAACACAGACGAUGGGAGGUCGUCCUGCAGUCGCUGCGACCUGCAGCUCUCCUGUAACUGCUCCCACGCUGGAUUCACCCGUGUUCCCAUGGUAACAGGCCAGGCUCUGCGCCUCGAUCUCUCCUUCAACAGCAUCGCCGUGGUGACCGAUAAUGACCUGCCGGGACACACACAACUGAAGGCUCUCAACCUCCAUGGUAACAGACUCUCUACCAUCUAUCCGUCUGCAUUCGACUCUUUGUGGAGCCUGGAGGAGCUGGAUCUGUCUGAAAACCUGCUGACUGCUCUCAACCAUACCUGGUUCAGGAAGCUGGGAGCUCUGCAGCAGCUCAACCUGCUCAACAACCCAUACAGCCACCUGGGUUUUCCUCCAGUGUUUCAGAAGCUUGUCAGACUGAGGAACCUGGCGUUGGGAGGUCCGGAUUUGAAGGAGCUGAGGAGAGGAGAUCUGAGUGGAGUCACCCAGCUGGAGGAUCUCACUGUGAAAGCCAAUAACCUGACCAGAUACGACUCCGGUACGCUGGCUGACAUUUGGCCGCUGGGUCAUGUUACUUUAAGCCUCCAUGGUCCUUUCAUUAAAAAUGUCACCUUGGCCUCAGCGAUGCUCAGUGACGUGUCAUACCCUGAGACACCGCUCACUCUGGAAGACCUCCAUCUGAACGCGAAUGAGUCUGUUCAGCCCUUCAGAGAGUCAGCCAGGAGGAGGAUCAGAGACAUUUCCUUCCGUAACUUAUCUGCGUCUGAUGAGUCUGUGGUCAACCUUCUGGUGGUGAUGGAUGGUGUACCAAUCUCCCGUCUUUACUUUGAAGACAUCACUCUGACAGGCGAGGGCAGUUGGGAAAAAGCUAGCUGGACUGACCACAAAGGCAUCGAUGAGUUCUUCAUCCGGAACAUUGUGGUCCUGGAUGUCUUCAAGUUCACCUCGUUUCUACAGCUGAAGUUUCUACUGAAUUACCCGAGGAGGGUGUCCGUCAUAAACUCCAUGGUGUAUGUGAUGCCCUGUCCAUCGUCCCAGCUCUUGGUGAACGUGCAGUACUUGGACGUUACGGACAACCUGCUGACUGACCUGACUCUUGCAGAGUCGCUCUGUGAGAAAAAUGAAACACUGAAGGAACUCAGAGUUUUAAACAUCAGCGGGAAUGUUCUGAAGUCGUUGUCCAAGUUGAGCAGACUGGUAUCCAAGCUCACCAAACUGACCCACCUGGACAUCAGCAGAAACGGCUAUACCUCCAUGCCUUCCAGCUGCCCAUGGCCUUCCACCCUGCGAUACAUCAAUAUCUCUAGGGCCAAGCUUACCACCAUCACACCCUGUUUACCCAAAUCCCUGGAGGUGUUGGAUCUGAGCAACAAUGAUCUCAAAGGCUUCACUCUGCCCUUACCGGCACUGAGAGAGCUCCAUCUCUCUGGUAACAAGUUUCUGAAGUUGCCUGAUGGGCAGCUCUUCCCCAAUCUGCAGACGCUAGCCAUGCAGUCAAACGCCGUGAACAUGUUCAACCAGUCAGACCUCCAGUCAUAUGGACGACUUGAGAACCUACAAGUGGGUCAGAACAAGUUCUUCUGCUCCUGUGAUUUCGUCAACUUCUUCCAGUCUCAACUAAAAGGAGGAGGUGACUUGACGUUAACAGAUGGAGAGGACAGCUACAUCUGUGAUUCCCCUUUCAGCCUGCAGGGGGAGAAAGUGGGCCAAGUCCACCUUACACUCAUCAUGUGCCACCGGGUUUUAUUUGUGUCUGUGAGCUGUGGUUGUGCACUGUUUGUGGGGAUUGUGGUGAGCGUCCUGCUGUGGCGGUUCCACGUCUUCUGGUACCUAAAGAUGACUUUAGCAUGGCUCAAGGCUAAGCGAAGCUCCCAACACCGUCAACGACGUAGAAAUGAUGAAGGGUGCGAACCAUUGCUGUCCUUUGAUGCCUUUGUUUCCUACAGUGAAAGAGAUGCUGGCUGGGUGGAAAACUUUUUGGUACCUGAGCUGGAGGAGCCAUGUGAAGCCGACUCUGGGAAUCCACCAUCCCCUCAGCCGUUGACUCUUUGUCUCCACAAGCGGGACUUCCUUCCUGGUCAAUGGAUCGUGGACAACAUCAUGAGCGCCAUCGAACGCAGCCGCCGGACCGUGUUCGUGCUCUCUGAAAACUUUGUCCAGUCCGACUGGUGCCGCUACGAGCUGGACUUCUCACACUUCUGGCUCUUCGACGCUGGAGGCGAUGCAGCCAUCUUGAUCCUUUUGGAGCCGCUGUCCAAGGACGACGUCCCAAAACGUUUCUGCAAACUGCGCAAACUCAUGAGCUCCACCACCUACCUGGAGUGGCCUCAGGAGGAGGAGAGGAGGGAGGAGUUCUGGAGGAGUCUACGCAAUGCUCUGAGAGGAGAAGAUAAGUGAGAGCAAAAGGAAAGAAAGGAUCAGAAGGAAAUGAGAGGAACAAGUUUGCCAUUACUGAACACAUUUAUCGUUUUGUCCUCAAUAAGUUGAUGCAUUAAAUUGAUAAUUUGAAGGUUGGUGUCUACCACUGCAGAUCCAAUUAGUUCAUAUUAACCCUUGAGGCACUUUUGGGGACCAAAUGUGUUAUUUUAAUCUUAUUUCAUUUUUUUUUUAUUCUGUCCACCAGAGGGCAGUGCAGAGUUCAGAUCUACAAGUUCCAACAUCAGCUUCAGACAACAAACAUGGAGACAAUGAAAAAUAUCAUGAUAAUGUAAAUUCUCAGAAAGAGACACAAAAGAAGACAUGCAGUAGAUGGCAGUGGUCUGUAUGACCAUUAAAAACCUUGUAGUUCCUUCUUCUUGUUUGUUUCUUUUUCUGGUACAUGUUGGCUAUACAGCUCAUCACUGCCCCACAGUUUCUAAGGGAAAUACUGUUUUCUUAAUCAGGGUACGCAUCUGCAAAGGCCCUAAAAGUGGACCAAAUUACACAUGUAAAGAACGGAGGAGACAGACGAAAUGCUUCGUUUCCAUCAUCGCCGUGGAGCAUAAAUGGACUUUUGUGCAGAAGUUAUGUUUUUCAAACUGAUGAUAACUUGACAUUGAAGCAAACAUAAUACUUCAUGAACAUGACCUGGUUACAGUGGUACCAUCUGUGUACAGCUGAUUAUGUUUUUAUUUACUUUUCCUUCAUGCAAUGAUACAAAAUGUUUGUUUUCUUUGUUUAAGUCUAUAAAGUUUCAGCAUUGAAAAUA